AUGGGUGGUUAUGGCCUGUGUGGUGGUGUGACAGCCUCCCUGGGUCUACUAUGGCUCAACGAACUAGAAGAACUCUCCUCAUCAAACGAGAAGGAACUUUCGGAUGGUGAGGCUGGCCUGAAGCUUGAUAAUGCUCUGUGGGCAUACAGAACAGCCUAUAAAACUCUUAUUGGCACAUCCCCUUAUAAGCUUGUCUAUGGUAAGGCAUGUCAUCUACCAGUUGAGCUUGAGCAUAGAGCGGAUUGGGCAAUAAAGAGGAUGAAUUUAGACAUGGUACAAGCAGGAGAAAAGAGAUUGUUGCAAUUGCACGAGUUGGAUGAAUUUCGCUAUCAUGUAUAUGAGAACACGAAGAUGUACAAGAAGCGGACAAAGAGACUACAUGACAAGCACAUCCAACCUUGUGAGUUUGAACCUGGGCAGUUAGCCUUGUUGUAUAAUUCUCGGCUGAAGGUUUUCGGCGGAAGUUGA